AUGUCUUCCAACCUCGAGUUCAAAGGCUACGCGCUCACAGAUGCCUCCAAAUGGAGCGAUCUCAACUUGACCGACUUCAAACCGAAGACGUUCCAACCUGACGACGUCGAGAUCUCCAUCACCCAUUGCGGUGUCUGUGGCUCCGAUGUGCACACCCUCACCCAAGGCUGGGGCGAGUCUAAGCUGCCGCUUGUCGUCGGGCACGAGAUCGUAGGCAAGGUGACCCGCGUGGGCAAGAAUGUCGUGGGUAUCAAGCAGGGCGACCGUGUCGGUGUGGGAGCGCAGAUCGGGAGCUGCAUGGAAUGUAGGGCGUGCAAAGCCUCGUAUGAGAACUACUGUCCGCAUGGCAUACCGACCUACAAUGGCCAGUAUCCCGACGGCAUUGUCAGCCAAGGAGGGUACGGGACGGCCAUUCGCGCGCAUCAGCAGUUCGUAUUCCCCAUCCCGGACGAGAUUGAGUCGCGCGACGCCGCGUCCAUGAUGUGCGGCGGGCUGACGGUGUUUUCUCCACUAAAGACACACGGCGCGGGACCUGGAAAGAAGGUCGGAGUCGUGGGUAUAGGCGGUCUUGGCCACUAUGCGGUGCUGUGGGCCAAAGCAAUGGGCGCGGAAGUGUAUGCGUUCACGCAUGACCAGAGUAAGAUGGAGGAUAUCAAGAAGAUGGGCGCAGACCAUAUCAUCAACACAGAGGACAAGGACUGGCACAAACCUCUCGCGCUCACGCUCGAUUUGAUCGUCUCGACGCGCGACGUCUUCGCGCCUGAUACGCCGCUCGGGGCGUACCUCUCAAUGCUCUUCGUGCACGGCAAGUUCAUCACGGUGGGCAUCCCAGAUGCGGACCAGCCGCUGCCCGCGAUCCACUCGUUUGACGUUGUACCGAACGGGUGUAUGCUGGGCGGGAGCGCGAUUGGCAGCAAGAAGGAAUGCAUGGAGAUGCUCGAGCUGGCGAAGAGGAAAGGGAUCAAGCCGUGGAUCCACGAGCUGCCGAUGAAGGAGGCAAAGAAGGCGCUGGAGGACGUGAAGGCGAACAGGGUGAGAUACCGGUAUGUGUUGACGCAGGAUAUCCAGGCGGAGUGAAGAGAGGUCCAACCUCUCGAACGCUACAGUUUGUCUCCAUUGUGUUUUUAGACGUCCCACUUCAACUGGGGUUCUCG